AUGAACUCACCUGAAAUCUGCACAGAGGUCGUGAAAUGUCUCGGGAUUGUGUGGACAGACAAAAAGUUUCUCGACUUUACAAUCAAGAUACACAAUGACACAAUCACAUGUCAUAAGCUCGUUCUUGCUGCCUGCUCUGAAUUUUUCCAAGCGUUGUUUCGAUCAGGAAUGAGGGAGAUCACAGAAAACUGCGUUGAGUUAAAAGAUGUUUCCUAUGAAAUAUUUCAGUUGAUUCUGAAAACACUUUACACAGGUGUCAAUGUUCUAACGUUGGAUAAUUUCAUUCACGUUUGGAGGGCUGUGCACAUGCUGCAGAUUAACUUUAUGAUAAAAAUGUGUGAACGAUUUGCAAAUAACGCUAUUACAAUGGACAACUGGGAAAACAUUUAUGUAACAGCUAAACUUUUUGGCUCAACUUUUGUUCUAGAUAAGCUUCAAAGCUUUAUGUUGAGAAACUUUGAAAAAAUUAGUAUAUCAGCAACAUUUCUACAACUGCCUUUCAUCGAAGUUUGUGAAUUGAUAAAAAGCCAGGAUCUUCGUGUCAGUAGUGAAGAUAUCGUGUUAGAAUCAGUGAUAAGAUGGGUCGACUGCUAUGCUCCAAAUAAUGCUAACACAGAUAUUACUAACACAAACAAAUUAGUCGACAUAGAAAAAGAUGGCAGUGAAUUGGAAAAAAUACCUUCUGAUAACUCGCUUAAUGUUGCAUUAAUCGAGCAUUUAUCUAGAAAAGAUAAAAUGACAGAAUUGCUGAGUCUGGUGAGGACAUGUUUAGUUACUCCUGCGGUUUUAACACGAGUUUAUCAUCUUAAAAUGUGUUCUGAAAAUAAAGACUUUAGAGAUAUAAUUGACAGCGCUUUAGCGUACCAAGCCCAACCUUCAAGAGACGGCCAGUGGCCAUCAGCGGCUGUGCACAGAUUGUGUAGUAGCUUUACACACGUUGGGGUUUAUGCAAGAAAAGAUGGACAGUUUAGAGCAAUACGUGCUAGCGAUGAGACUUGGUUCGAUUUGCCAACUUGUGAUGGUUUAAAAGACAGUAUUCAGCUAGUGACAUUUGACGCAGAUUUAUACGCAAUUGGAAAACCUCUUAAUAUGCCAAACAUGCAAUAUAAAUUGUUUGUCUUCUCUGGGAACGAUUGGAAAGAAAUUUCUAAUCUGCCCUUAAACAAUGUGUUACUUGUUUCUCAUGGGCAGUUUAUUUACAUCUUAGACAAAAAUGAUAAUGUAAUUUAUCAUAUAAACCCAACGAGUUUGGAAUUUAAAAAAUUCACAAACAUUCCAACCCAUUUAGUUGUAACCCACGCAACUAUCUUUGAAAACUCCCUUCUUAUUUUCUCCUCUGAAACCCAAAACAACAUUGAGAACACAGUUGUUCACAAUUAUCAGUUUUCGUCUAACUCAUUUACCAAGCUAACUCACAUAGAUGGGCCAGCGGAACAACUGAUCAGUUUUAAGAACGACAAACACAGCUACAUUUUACAGACGAAUGGCUCAUUGUGGGUUAUUUCCGAUGCAUCGUUAUCAGGACGAAUUGAAGUAAAACUUGUUUCUAAACUAUGGAAUCGCCAAAGAAGACAAUACGGCGCUCUAACAUACGAUGAAAAGUUAAUUAUUUUUGGAAAUAAAUAUCAAACAGAUCCGACAGCUGUUCCAGGACAUCUUAAAGUUAUUUCAUACUGGGGACAUAGUACUGCUAUGUCAAAUUUCGUUCCAGCUACACUUCCAAAGUCAUCUUUACUUAGCUUAGGUAACUGUGAAGCUGUGUCUAUCAAAUAG